UGUCUGUCAGUGGAGCGAGGGAGGGGGGCUCAAUGCGAUUAUCAGAUCGCGUAGGCGAAAAUCUGUGUCUCGCCAUCGCCAUUGCUGCUUCUGCACGCAUCGGGCAAUCACAGGAGCCAUCUUAGACAGUCACAGCUGCUGCCUCUUCUGUUUUUCUCAGCGCAUGAUUUCGUCAAGUGUCGUGGAAUGUGCGGGAUGUUCUUGAGAGCGAAAGCUGAGGAGACGGGGUGAGAAGGAAGGAGGACGGGGAAAAGAGCGUGAGUCGAAGUCGUAAUCAAUAUGGAUCCGGCAGAGUCAAAGAAAGUGAGUGAGCUGCUGGAGGAUCUUGUUCGACUGUGUAAGGACAGCUCACAGACGGCGUCCUUGUUCCAUGACAAUCUGCAGGAGCUCUGGCCCUCGUUGCAGAGCGCGUCGUCGCAUUCCUUGCCCAAGCUUCAGCUUUUACAAGAGCAAAGAGUACUUUUGGCUUCAUCUCAGCAUCCGCAGAGGUUGAUUCAGAAGAUUGAGGAACUCAAGGACGCUGGAGUGCAGGGUAUCGACAAGUACAUUUGGUUGGUUGGUCAGAUUAUUACAGAACCAUCGUUGAAGCAGCUGUUGUCCAAGGAUGGGAGCUCAGAUCUUGCUACUGAACCUCGAACACCAGAUUUUUCUGGAUAUGCUUCAUCCGAGUCACCUACACCUAAUUUUCAGCUCGAUGAGGGUUUUCCAUCAAAAAAAAUGAGGGAGUCUGAAAACAUGUUAAAAACUGCACCUGGUUCUAAGCAGCGUAGCCUGAACGCUGAUGAUAGUGGUCAGCCGGGAUCUGCAAGCUGGAUUUCUAUACGCUCUGAAAAGAUCACGGAUGUGCCCAAGUCACUUAUUGAAGGUGUAUCCUACCCAGCCACUCCGAGAUGGAAUAUAGAUAGACCCUAUCUUACUAGUCAAUUAUUUCCACAGAGCUAUGCACCAAGACGAAAUACAGCUUCUAAGGCGAGUCCGCAUGAAAAAGAGUCUAACAAUCAUGGAGAAGUACUCAAAGCGCUUUCCAGUUUCUCAUCCUCUGUCCAGGAGCUACUGGUGUUAGAAGAUUUGCUUUCUGCGAUGGUUGGCAUUGAGGGUAAAUAUGUAUGUUUGCGAAGGGGUCGGCAUAAGGACGGAAAUUCUUUCUACUUUCAGUUGGAACCAUCUUUGGAUGCUUCUUUAAGCGAUCUGGCCAAAAGGAUUUUACCUUUAUGCGAGAACUAUGUUGUAGUUAGCCAAUUCGCAGAAGCUCGAUCUCAUUUUAAGCACGGUUUGGUCAAUCAUGCCUUUGCGUCCGCAUUGAGGGCUAUCUUGCAGGAUUAUCACGCGAUGACAGCCCAACUUGAGCAUCAAUACCGUUUAGGUCGCCUUUCUCUUCAGGGAUUGUGGUUUUUUUGUCAGCCUACGGUUGCUGCCAUGCAAGUGCUUUCUACGGCGGUUCAGAGAGCGAUCAUGCAACAUGCAUCUGGUGCAGCAAUGCUCAAUUUGCUGCAGAAGCAGGCAAUAGCUAUGGCUGGCGAUAAUGGAGCCAGGUCUCUACUUCAGAAGCUCAUUCAUGCAGCAAGUACUCCUUACUUUGGAAUUUUGGAGAGGUGGGUUUAUGAGGGCGUUAUUGAUGAUCCUUAUGGUGAAUUCCUAAUUGACGAGAACAAAUCUUUGCAGAAGGAAAGUCUUAGUCAGGAUUACUAUGCCACUUACUGGCAACAGCGUUAUAGUUUACGACAAGAGAUUCCAGGAUUUUUAGCGAGCUACGCUGAAACUAUCCUCACCACUGGGAAAUACCUUAAUGCAGUUCGUGAGUGUGGCCAUAAUGUCCAGGUUCCAUCAGCAGAAAAUGGCACACUGGUGAAAGGGCGUGUACAACAGCCAGUGUUGGAACGCAUUAAUGUUGCACAUAACUUCGCAAGUGCUGAACUUCUGAACUUGAUUGUACAGAAGUUUGACUUAAUAGGGAGGCUUCGAUCUGUGAAACACUAUUUUUUUGUUGAUCAGGGUGACUUUCUUGUCCACUUUAUGGACACAGCUAAAGAUGAGCUUACAAGAAAACCAUCAGCAAUGUCCGUUGAGAAAUUGCAGUCCUUAUUAGAGUUGGCUCUGAGAACAUCAGUUGCAGCUUCGGAUCCAUAUCAUGAAGACCUCGCAUGCAGCAUCGAAGAGUUAAGUCUAAUGGCACAACUGCAUAAUAUUGUGCGGAAUGGAAAUGUAACUUCCCAGCAGAUAGGCUCUGCAGAGAGUGUCAAUACACCAGUGCUUGCCAGUGGAAUCACGACUGGAUUAGAGACUUUCACUUUAGAAUACAAGGUCAGAUGGCCGUUAUCACUGGUCAUCUCGAGAAAAGCGCUGACUAAGUAUCAACUCAUAUUUCGGCACAUUUUUCAUUGCAAGCAUGUAGAACGUCAGUUGUGUGCGACUUGGCAAAUGCACCAGUCAACAGUGCGCACAAUUAACACGUUGGGAACUGCCAUAUCUCGAUCCUAUGUUGUUUGUCAACGUAUGCUUCACUUUCUGCAGACUUUCCAGCACUACAUGACAUUUGAGGUCUUGGAACCGAACUGGCACCUGAUGCAUGGUCAACUUUUGAAUGCUAAAAGUAUUGAUGAGGUUAUGCAGCACCACGACGCCUUCUUAGAGAGAUGCCUGAGACAAUGUACACUUUUAUGGCCUCAAAUUUUGAAGAAAGUGGAUAAAUUGAAGUUCAUCUGCCUGAAAUAUGCGACUGCAACUCAGUGGUUGAUUCCAGCAAUAUUCCGCCAGCAUGAUCAUUUUCAGCAAUCUGGUACCACAGGCAAGAAAUCGAAGGGAAGCUACAAAGAGAGGAGAGGACCACGUGAGAAUCCUAUCCAAGCUAGACAAGCAGCUGAAGAUAGCAACUUCAAACUAACAAUAGGGAAAAUAGAUGAAGAGUUUUUCAAGGAGCUAAAGCUUCUCGUGGCGUUGCUGAGCAAUGGGUCACAAAGUGAGCCAUGUUUUGCACACCUUGCCCAAGGUUUACAAGGAGUCGCAUGAUAUCAGUUCAAGUGCAUGGUUUUGAAAUGUACAAAGGUCGUUCUAUAAUGAACUAGAUGUUUGUAAACUGUCUUGAUUUUGUGGCUA